CCCAUGGGCCAGUACCACUUUCAGAGGCGUUCAGAGAGAACAAAAUCUCAGAAGAAACGUUUUGAGGAGGAACUCAACGAGAGGAUGAUUCGAACUUUUGAUGGGAUCAAUUCUCAAAAACAAUGGCUCAAAUCAGAGGACAUUCAGAGAAUAUCUUUGUUUUUCCACAAUAAAACAUUGGAAAAAGAGUAUAGAGCAACGACCCUGCCAGCCUUCAAAUAUUAUGUUACCUGUGCCUGCUUGAUAUUCGUCUGCAUUUUCAUUGUGCAGAUCCUGGUUCUGCCAAA